AUGAUCCGCACGAAACUGUUAUCGCGCUACAGUACCUUAGCUGUACGUGCCCUAGUGACAGCUGGUGCGACUGAACGCUGUUUUACUUCUGGUCGAUGUUUUCAUAAUCAUUGCGCUACUGAUAUACCUGUUGCUUCGGUUCAUCAUCAUCAAAAUGUGAAAGACGUACAUGCAUCAUGUUGUGGUUUCCCAAAGCAUCUCAAAAAUGGACCCUCGACAGUGCUUGAUCAAGGUGUCUUUGGUGAUGAUGCAUGCUUCAUUGCACGUUUCGAAAAUACAUAUGUGGUUGGUGUGGCAGAUGGUGUAGGUGGUUGGCGCAAUUAUGGCAUCGACCCAUCGGAAUUUUCCAGUCGCUUGAUGAAGCUGUGUCAAAAAAUUGUAAUGAAAGGCCAGUUUAAGCCAACUCGACCGGAUAAGCUACUAGCUCGUGCAUACGAAGCACUUGCAAAACCACCACGUCCAACCGGCUCAUCUACAGCUUGUGUACUUAUUGUUCAUCAGGAUACGCUAUAUUCUGCUAAUCUGGGUGAUUCGGGUUAUCUUGUUAUCCGGAAUGGCGAGAUAGUAUAUCGUAGUCGUGAACAGACUCAUUAUUUUAACGCGCCGUAUCAACUGUCAUUACCUCCAACGGAUGAUGGAAACGGUAGUUUCCUUGGCGAUUCUCCAGAGAAAGCUGAAUCGGCAUCAUUGGAUUUGAUGAGCGGUGAUAUUAUUGUGCUUGCAACCGAUGGUUUGUGGGAUAAUGUGACAGAAGAUGAAAUCGUUAAGCAGUUAUCAGGUCUCAAACCAGGUGAUGUGCAGAAAGCUUGCAACAGUUUAGCACUUACUGCAAGAAGGUUAGCGUUCGAUACGCAGCAUUUGUCUCCAUUUGCAGUAAAAGCAUCGCAGCACGGAAUCGACGCACCAGGAGGCAAACCGGAUGACAUAACACUUAUUUUGUUAUUGAUUGCUUGA